GGGAGCAGGAGCGCGGCGGGUCCCGGCGGCUCUACCCAGCACCAUGGACAGCGGCCGGCUGCCGCAGCUGGACGCCGCCGCCUUCCUGCACAUCUGGCAGCGCUUCGACGAGGACGAUAAUGGUUACAUAGAGGGGAAGGAGCUUGAUAAUUUUUUUCAUCAUCUGCUGAAGAAACUGGGUCCAGAUGACACCCUAACAGAGGAAAAGGUGCAGAGAAUGAAAGAGCAGUUCAUGUCCUCCUACGAUGUCACAGCAGAUGGACGUUUGCAAAUACAAGAGCUUGCAAACAUGAUCUUGCCAGAUGAUGAGAAUUUUCUGCUGCUUUUCCGGCGGGAAACUCCCUUGGACAACAGCGUGGAGUUUAUGCGGAUUUGGCGCAAAUAUGAUGCGGAUAGCAGUGGAUUUAUUUCAGCUGGUGAGCUCAAAGACUUCCUGAAAGAUCUUUUUUUGCAACACAAAAAAAUGAUCCCUACAGCAAAGCUUGAAGACUACACUGAUACAAUGAUGAAGAUUUUUGACAAAAAUAAAGAUGGACGAUUGGAUCUGAACGAUCUGGCAAGGAUUCUGGCGCUCCAGGAAAAUUUCCUCCUUCAGUUCAAAAUGGAUGCUUGUAGUACAGAAGAAAGGAAGAGAGAUUUUGAGAAAAUUUUUGCACACUAUGAUGUUAGUAAAACAGGAGCACUUGAAGGUCCAGAAGUAGAUGGCUUUGUCAAAGAUAUGAUGGAGCUUGUCAAGCCCAGCAUUAGUGGUGUGGAUCUGGAUAAAUUCCGCCAGAUUCUGCUUCAUCAUUGUGACGUGAACAAGGAUGGAAAAAUUCAAAAAUCUGAACUAGCUUUGUGUCUUGGGCUUAAGAUGAACCCGUAAAUUUGAAUGCAUUUCAUCUCUUGUUUGCAAAGUUUUCCUUUGUACGAACCUGCUGCUACUGGUAGAACUGUUUCAGUGCUGUGCUAAAAAUCUGUGUUAUACUGCUGAAUGUGGAAGGUAAUGGCACCCCAUCGAUGGAAUAAAAAUGCAUCUGCAUGAUGAUACAACAACUGGGGAAUGCAAAAAAGGCCUUUUAAUUUACUAAUUAGAUUUCUGUUGCUCACAGAAGCAUUCAUUUGUGGGGUUUCUGCAUUUUUAUUAAUGAUAUCUGUAUCCACAGCUUAUCAAAAAUGGGGGCUGAUCUACUACUAAAAUAUUGUCAGUCAGUUCUCUAGAACAGGAAAAGUCUUUCCUUAACAUGUAAUAUCAGUACUGUCAUACCAUAGCUAUCAAGUCCUUUUGAUGAUUGCCUUCAAUGUGAAAUCAUUGCAUUUCUAAACAUAAGCAUUGUGCUUUAUUUGUGCAUAUGACAUUAUAAUAUUGGAUGGAUGACAGUUUAUUUGUGCAAGAAUAAAAACCACAAUUAAGGAAA